AAUUAAUAUCUUUCGGGGAUUUUACACCUCAUGUUUAUAAAGGACAAUGUGUCAACGGUUAAUAUUCAAAAUUAUUUCUAGGGUUCAUAACAUUGUCACGUGCCCUAAAAAUAACGGUUAUCUAUACUCAGCGUGGAAGAAAUUGCCGCUCAAAAAGUUCUGUUGUUUUGUGUAUAAAAGUGAUCCAAUACAAAAGAACCUGUAAAAUAUAAGGAUAUUCGUCAAUUUUUGACUUCCCAAAAACAGUAGUUCUCAAAAAAUAGAAUAAGAUAUGAGCGAAGAUGAAGAGUACAGUGAUGGAAUGGACGAUGCUGAAGAGUUUAUAACACCGCAAGAACUGUUACGAAAAAUAGAGAUUGCGUGGAUGAAUGAGCAGUCUGCCCCAGACAUGCUACCGUAUCAAAAUGAAAUGAUUGAAUUAAUGAUGGGACAAUUAUCGCAUAUGGAAGAGAAUCUACAAGCAAUUCCAUCAAACGACUUUCGGAAAAUAGCACACAAAAUGGAACUAGAAAGAAUAAAGUUUAUUAUAGCAGCAUAUCUUCGAUGUCGGCUUCAGAAAAUUGAAGAUUUUACCCAAUACAUUAUAUCUGAGGAAAUGAAACGAUCAGUUGAAAAUAAAAGACUGUCAGAAGCUGAAUCUAAAUUUGCUGAGGACUAUUUUGAGAGCAUUGAGAAGCAUUUUCAGCAAUUAGCAUUAAGGCAUAUCCCACCUCAGCAAGAUGAUGUAUCAAAGCGAAUAAUUCGUCCAAAUCUUAUGAGUAAUGUGUUUAUUAAAGUCAUUAAAUCGUGUGGCGUUGUAGUCAAUACAAAUGACGAGGAAGUAGAUCUUUCUGAGAAUUCGGUACACAUGCUACCUUACCAGCUUGUUUGUGAAUUAGUCAAUAAAGCUAGAAAUGGAGGAUUCGUUCUUUCGAAUGAAAAUAUUGAUGAUAGUGACGUACGUAUCGAUUGGCGUUUUAUAGCUGCUAUUGAUACUCAUCGAAUAAUAAUAGAAUCAAAUUUUGAGAAGCUUGACGAAUGCAUUCCAUUUUUGAUCAAUUCAUCAUUAAGCAAUUUAUUAAAUACAAGGAUCCUAGAUCCUGCUAUUGGAAAGAUUUUUACUUUAUCACAGCUUAGUAUACAGUACUUGCUAUUUUGUACGAGAUUUUUAGACAAGUCAGUAUCAACACUACGUGAAAGUCUGUAUAGCAGUCAAAAAGAGAUAUUAGAUCUUCAAGAAAAAUUAAAGGAACGAAAUACGGAACUUCAUCAAGCCAAGAAGAAAGCUAAAAAGCUUGAAUCUAAUGCAUUAGAAAUAUAUCCAUGUACAAAGUGUACCAAAAAUUAUGAAAGUCAAUUAUUUCUCGAUAGUCACAUGUCUAGAAAGCACCGCGAGUCAAAAGAUCUAGAUUUAAUUAAUGCAAUAAAGUUGGAACUAGAAGUUAAGCAACUGAAAGAAAAAUUAAACUUGACAGAAAAGGAAUUGAUGGAUUCUAAAAAUGUUUCAUGUGAGAAGUGCCUUGAGAACGAGAAGAGGAUAUUUAAAAAUAUUGGCAUUCAAAGUAAUUCCGAAGAAAAAGAGAAGGAUGACUUGGAAAAAGAAAACACUAGCGAGAAAUUUAGGGAUUAUAGUGAGAACAUUCGACAAAUGAUGGCUGAUCAAAUGAAACAAUUUCAGGAAUAUAAAGAAUAUGACGAUAAAAGACACAAAGAAGAAAUCUCGGAACUGAAAGCUAUGCUUGACAAAGCUAUGGAAACUUUAAAACAGAAUGAGAUUAAACGUGCUGAGCAGCAACAGUCACAGCCACUUCCAGCUCCAAGAUCAAUAGUUUCUUUACAGCAAAGUGAGGCACAGAAGCCAAAAGUAGUUCAACCACAACCUGAAAAUGAGAACUUAUGGAAAACAAGAUUUAAGGAACUUGAGAAAAUGUACGAACUUAAUCAGCUGCAAAUGACCCAGUCAAUGAAGGAUAUAGAAAAGGCAUAUGCUGAAAAACUUAAUAAAUUAGAAAUUUCAAUGAAGCAGCUCAAAGAUGAGAAUAAUAAAGGUAAUAAAGUCACUGUCCAACCAGUUUCAAAAAUCGUUGAAAAAGAAGUAGUCCCACGUGUCGUUAUAAGAAAAUCAGUAGAGACAAGUUCGAGUAGCGAUGAUGAAAUUGUGGACGCUCCUAAGCCAAUAAAGCUUGUCAGACCUGCUAUUGACAUCCUACCAAAAAAUAUUCCACAGCUGCCUCCAAAAUUAAGCACAUAUUCAGACCAAAAAUUCUCAAUUCGUGAGAAAACGAAGAAUAAAACUUUUUCAGCACAAAAAUGGUUCAAAAAAAGAUCCCACAAAAGUCAACAGCAACCAAAAGAAGUUACAGUUAAAGAUAGACAUAAGGCUGAAAAAAUGAUGAAUGAACGACUUAAAGAAUUUAAUAUUGAGCAAAAAGAGCAGCUGAAUGCAAAUAAAGCCGAUGAAAUUGAAGUGGAACUAGCGAAUCGUCGUGAAAUUCAAAAGAAAACCUAUCCACAUUUCUUUAUUACUCGUAAGAAAAUCAAGCAGAGAGUCGAGGAACUAUUUAAGAGUCGCAUAGAAAAUGAUGAGUCAAUUACUGUUAAAGAAGAUCCAGUUAAUGAAAAACCCAAAAAGAAAGUUCUGUUUAAUUUAGAUCAAGAUGAUGUUCAUAUUAAGUCCAAUGAAGAUUCUGAUUUCAACAUUACUUCGCUAGAAGAAGAUUUUAAAUAAAGUAAAUUUAUUUUUGUACCAAA